AUGUCUACCCCUUGUCCAUUCCGCAUUUCGCGGACUGCGAGCGAUCGGCUGGCUCGUAAUGAAGCAUUUCGAGCAAUUCGAGAGAAUCUCAGGCGCCAGGAGCUCGGCUCUGAAGCCCCAAGUUUUUGCGCAUCCCACCACUAUUCGUGCUCGGACAAGGAGAAAGAGUCGUUUCGCCUGCAUCGUGAUAUAAUACACACCCUCCUCCUCCCCCUCUUCCUUCUCCAUAACCAAGCGUCUCGCGUCGCCGUCAGCAUGUUGUCCGGCCAUAAAGCAACAGAGUCAGAGCGAGCCUUUCGAGGUGAAGCACGCGAUGCUUAUGCUUGGCUGCAUUGCAUCUUUAGUGAGGAGCAUGAUUGGUAUAUGACUGAACGCUGCCCCGCCUGCAUCGGCCUGCACGUCUUGCAUUCAGAGCCCACCAUCCGUUUUGUUGCCGUGGCGUGUCUUCUGUCCGACGACUUGCUCAACCCGGGCCUGCUCAACUCCUGUCGGCGACUGCCUAGCUUUAAUUUCUGGCUUGAGGCACUCGAAAUGGCAGUUCGCGAGGAUCCAUUCUGGGGCGCUGACUGCUGGCCCGACAUUGAAUAUCGGGCAUGCUCGCUCAUCAAUGGCGUUCAGCUGCUGUCGCUGCAAUGCCUGGAAUUCCAAACUACUCUAGACCGACACAGUUUGCAAUCGACCACGUCGUACAAGGCAAACUUUCGGUUUCAGCGUGAUACAACUCAGUCGCUGCCAGCUCAUCCGGUUCCUCUGGGCGCAUCCGAUUGCUCACAGCUACCCCUUGGGCAUGCGACCGAUUCGAAGCAACGCUCAAAGCUCUCUGCAAACCGGUGUCUGCAGUCACACUGGGCCGAGCGGCCUCGGAGAUUUCACACGAGGCGGGAAGCUGACACUCGAAGCCGAUCAGUGACUUCGUGA